CAGCCCGCUAGUAUGAAAGGGACAUGCUGGCAACCGGGAGCUUAGACAAGUUCUACUCUUGGCCGGGGAAGGAGUAAGCGGUGCGCACAUUGGAGGAUAAUACGGCGCAUAUUGUUACUGAAGAGAUGAAGUCCCCUAAGGUGAAGAGAGCAGCCAGAGCUGCCUUCAUUGAAGAUGAUGACUUGAACGAGGUGCUGUGUGAAUUCGAUGCCGUCAUAGCAGAUUUCUCCUCCCCUUUCAACAAAAGGCGCUUCCGUUACGAUGAACACCUCCAGACUAUGAAGAGGAGGAGCACCGCUAGUAUUAGCGACAGUGGAAUCAGCGACUCAGAAAGUGGCGACUCUCUUUAUAGAAACAGUUUUAGCUUCAGUGAUGAAAAGCUGAAUUCUCCUACACUUUCUUCUCCAACGCUGUCCUCUCCGGUGGAUACCCCUCAUAAAGCAAGACUUGGAGAUACAAAAGAGUUGGAGGACUUUAUUGCUGACCUUGACAGAACACUAGCAAGCAUGUAAUUGCAGUCUGUAUCUUAAGUGAUAUGCUGUGACACCGAAGGCUCUAAAUCCCAAUGAAGUAAAUGCCCAGGUCAGAAGCUCCCUCACCCCAUCUGAAGGCAACGUCCCAGCUCACAGCUUCUUCCCUCAAUCUGGCCUGACUGCAUGAGUGAGAAGCGGCUGAUACACAUGUUAAUACUUUAAAGAUACAGUUGUGCUGUAUCAUUUUUUUUACUUUAAUAAUGCUCAAAUGUAAUUUAAAAUGCUUUUAAUAGAUAUAUUGUGUUAUGUUCUAUAGUUGAAAAAUAUAAUGAAACUUUUCCAUUAUAAUAUAUUUUUGUAUAUAAAUAAAUAAAACACUGGCUGAA